GAAGAGUGAAAGGUUGUGCCAGGCUUUCGCGCAUGCAUACCCAACCACCGUUUCCAGAGCACAAUCGUACUGAAGCAUCCAAAAGCCUUGAGCCAUGACCCUUCGAUGCUCAGAGUCCAACGAGAUGCCAGCGAUGCCAGAGGAUGUCCGGGAUGUCUGCAUGUCAGAUCGUCUCAUUCCCUCCCGGGGCUCUUGCAACGAGGUCCGACAACUCAAGCUCGAGAGGGAUGAGAACUGGGCGCCUCAGAAUGGCUACCACGAAGUCCUCUCCCAAAAUGUUCUAGGGAAACAAGCCUUGAGCAAUGUGAAGAUCCUUAGCUACCAACACAAGCCUGCGCGCCAAGAGCCGCAUCUCAGUGAGCUCAAGGUGCUGUACAGCAGCAACCGGGAUGCUAAAACUGGGGCAAGGCCUUGCCGGCACCUGCCACCCAGUGCAACCAAAGUGCUGGAUGCACCCGGCAUUCUGGAUGAUUUUUACAGCCAUCCGGUGGAUUGGUCAUCGCAGAACAUCGUUGCUGUGGCCUUAUCUGAUAUGGCAUUCCUCUUUGAUGCUUGCACCGGCAGCACUCAGAAGCUUCUCCAGUUGUCGAGUGGCUCAGUCACAACUCUGCGAUGGUCUGAAUCAGGUGGACAUCUGAGUGUUGGUACAUCAUCCGGUGAGGUGCAGAUUUGGGAUGCUGCAGCGCAGAGGCAACUGCGCAACUUGCGCGGGCACACUGGCAGGAUCGGCGCCCUGGCAUGGCACAAACACAUGCUGAGCAGCGGGAGCGCAGAUUCUGAGAUUCACCAGCAUGAUGUGCGAGUUCGUGAUCAUUUGGUGGGCCGGUUGGCAGCGCAUGCGGAUUUGGUCUGUGGUUUGGACUUCAACUCCGAAGGGAUGUUGGCAUCAGGAGGGAAUGACAACAUGGUGUGCAUUUGGGAAACAGCAACCUCCGAGAGCCCCUUGCACACCUUCACCGAACAUCAAGCAGCCGUCAAGGCCCUGAAAUGGUGCCCUUGGCAGCGGCACGUUCUUGCAACGGGGGGAGGCUCAGCAGAUCGCCAAAUUUGCCUAUGGAAUGCUUCCAGCGGCAGGUUGCUCAUGUCCACCAAUGCAGAGAGUCAGGUCACCGGCGUGGUAUGGGGUCUGCAGGAGCGCGAACUUCUGACAGCGCACGGCUACUCCAGGAACCAGCUGUCACUGUGGAAGUAUCCGUCACUGGUGAAGGUCGGCGAUCUUGAAGGUCACGAGGGCAGACUCUUGGGCCUUGCCCAGAGUCCAGAUGGCUCAAUGAUUUGCUCUUCCUCAGCUGACGAGACCUUGAGGUUUUGGCGGGUGUUCUCUCCCUCAGUGGACAAGAGCACGGCUCCCGGGAAAAAGGGGACCACCAACACGAUUCUGAAGACCAUCAGAUAGCACGCUGAAUGCCACAGUUUUUUAGCGAUGGCCCUGGAUGGGACUGCGGGAAGUGACAGCUUCAGCACCAAAGCGAGCAGUUUGUCAGGCUCAUAAGCCCCGUCAAGAAGCCAUCGAUUUUCAUCAAAUGUCGUGCAUGGAAUUCUGGCGUAAAAUGCUCUGAUAUUUCUGACAAUGUUGGUUGACUGCGGGUCCUGCUGAUUCCGCUG